ACGGCAUCUCUCGUUCAACGACAGGAAGGUCGCCAUAUUAUCAUCAUGCCUCCUCCACCGCAUACCAAACCCGAGAACGUGCUCAAGAGAGCGCAGGAGCUCAUCGCAGUCAACCAGAAACAGUCGGCUCUGACCAUCCUCCACGAGCAUGUCACCUCCAAGCGCACUCGCAACAGCACCAUCGCUUCCCUGGAACCCGUUGUCCUCCUCUUUGUCGAACUUUGUGUUGAGUUGAGAAAAGGCAAAGCCGCCAAAGACGGUCUCUACAACUACAAGAACACCUCGCAAAACACAAAUGUCGCCACUAUUGAGCUCGUCUUCAAGCGCUUCAUCGAACUCGCCGAGUCCAAGGUUUCCGAGGCCCAGGCAAAGGCUGACGAGGUCUCUUCCGCCGCAGAGACAUCCGCCGACCUGGCCAACGUUGGUGAUCUUGAGGCCAGUGAGACACCCGAAUCCAUUCUCCUGUCCACCGUUUCCGGCGAGCAGGCCCGCGACAGAACCGACCGUGCCAUCGUCACUCCUUGGCUCAAGUUCCUGUGGGAGACCUACCGCACCGUUCUGGACAUCUUCAAGAACAACGCCAGACUCGAGGUCAUGUACCAGACUGUCACUCUCCAGGCCUUCCAGUUCUGUCUCCGCUACGCCCGCAAGACCGAGUUCCGCAGACUGUGUGAGCUGCUCCGCAACCAUCUCCAGAAUGCCGCAAAGUACUCGUCCCAGAUGCACGCCAUCAACCUCAGUGACCCCGACACUCUCCAGCGCCAUCUCGACACUCGCUUCCAGCAGCUCAAUGUUGCUGUUGAGCUCGAAUUGUGGCAGGAGGCCUUCAAGUCUGUUGAGGACACCCACACUCUUCUCUCCUUGAGCAAGCGUCCCGCCAAGAACGUCAUGAUGGCCAACUACUUCGAGAAGCUGGCCCGUAUCUUCCUUGUCAGCGAGAACUACCUGUUCCACGCCGCCGCCUGGAGCCGUUACUGCAACCUUUUGCGCCAGUCCGCUGCCAUCAUCAACGCCGGACAGGGCCAGAAGAAGGAGAACCCCUCAAACAUUGGCGAUGCUGACCUUACCAAGGCCGCCUCCUUUGUCAUUCUGUCCGCUCUCGCCAUUCCCGUCAUUAGCACCUCCCGUUCGCGCGGUGCUCUGGUCGAUGUUGACGAGGCCAAGAAGAACAAGAACACCCGUCUUACUAACCUCCUCGGCAUGUCAGCACCCCCCACUCGUGACAUUCUGUUCAAGGAUGCCAUCAACAAGGGUCUCCUCAAGCGUGCCAGACCUGAGAUCCGUGAGCUUUACAACAUUCUCGAAGUCGACUUCCACCCUCUGUCUAUCUGCAAGAGAAUCUCCCCUAUCCUUACCCAAAUCGCUGCCGACCCUGAGAUGAAGAAGUACGUCCUGCCUCUUCAGCAGGUUAUCCUUACCCGUCUCUUCCAGCAGUUGUCUCAGGUCUACGAGACUGUCGAGCUCAAGUUCGUCCUUGACCUUGCCCAGUUCCCCGAGGAGUUCCAGAUGAGCUCCGCUGCCAUUGAGAAGUUCAUCAUGAACGGUUGCAAGAAGGGUGACUUGGCUAUCCGCAUCGACCACGCCACCGGUGUCUUGACAUUCGACUCUGACGUCUUCUCGUCGGCACGUGCCCUUCACCCCGGUAGUGGUGCUGGUUCCGCCAGUACUGAGGUUGUCCAGCGUCUGCAGAGCACCCCAGCUGAGAUUGUCCGCUCUCAGCUCACCCGUCUGUCCAAGGCUCUGUUCAUCACCUGCCAAUAUGUCGACCCCAGCUUCAACGAGGCUCGCCUGAAGGCCAAGCAGGCCGCUCUCAAGCGUGCCGAGGCUGGCGCUGACAAGGAGCACCUCGACACCAUUGCUCGCUCCGAGCUCAUCUCCAAGAUGAAGGAGACUGCUGCCAACGCAUUGGCUGCCAAGGAGCGCGAGGAGGCACAGAAGAAGAGACAACGCCAGCAACAACUGCAAGAGGCUGAAGUUCAGCGUCUGGCUGAUGAGCAGCGUGAGCGUGAGGCUCGUCGCAUUAGACAGGAGCAGGAGAAGGUCCAGAGAGAGGAGAUGGAACGCCAGCUUAAGGAGCUCAAGCAAGGUGUCAAGGGUGUUGAUAUCGAUAGCUUCGACAUCAACGACCUCGAUUCCAACCGUAUCCGCCAGAUCAAGCUCCAGGCCCUCGAGAAGGAGAAGAACGAGAUGAGCGAGAAGCUGAGAUUCACUGCCAAGAGAGUUGACCAUCUCGAGCGUGCUUACAGAAAGGAGGAGCUCAAGCACCUUAGCGCCGACUACGAGACUCAGCGCGAGCGUGACUUGGCCGCUUAUGAGAAGACCAAGUCCGAGACUCUCAAGGAUGCCGAGGAGAAGCACAAGGAGGCUCUUGCGCUCAAGCACCGUCUCAGCCGUCUGGUGCCCGCCUACGAGAAGUUCAAGCGUAAUGUCACCGAGCAGCGUCACGCCGAGUUCGAGAAGCGCCGUAAGGUCGCAGAGCGCGAGCUCAACCAGAAGAUGGAUCAGCGCCGCCGCGAGGUCAAGGAGCGCAUGGUACGUGAGAAGCAGGAGGCCGAAGAGGCCGCUGCCAGAGCUGCCGAGCAAGAGGAGAGAGAGGCCAGAGAGGCCGAAGAGAAGGAGCGCGCCGAUGCUGAGAAGCGCGAGAGAAUGGAGAGAGAGAAGCAGGAGAGAGUCAAGUCGAGAGAGGAAGCCGCUGCUGCUGCCGAGAAGCAACGCCAGCGCGAAGAGGAGGCCGAGGCACGUCGUGCAGAGCGCAAGCAAGCAGGUCCUGCCGCUGCCGCCGCUCCUUCGCGCUGGGAGAGAUCCGGCGCCCCUGCACCCGCAGAGCCCGUCGCCGCCUCAGCCGGAGGACCUCCCCGCCUCGCCCUUGCUGGUGGCAAGCCCUCAUGGCGCGACCGCCAGGCCGCUAAGGAGGCCCAAGAUGGUUCCUCAGAGGCUCCCUCAUCUUCCGCACCCGCACCCGAGGCCGCUCGCCCCGCUGCACCCCCAGCCGACGAGCGCGUCCAGACCUCAGAGGCAGCCCUUCCUAAGCGUUCGGGCUACGUUCCUCCUCACAUGCGUGGUAGCGCUGGUGCCGCACCUUCCUCCGACGACGCUCCCCCCGCCGCCGCUCCUUCCCAACGCUGGGCCCCCAGAACUCCCCGCGGUGAUGGUGAAACCCCUCCUCCCGCUUCUGGCAGUAGAUACGAGCCUCCAUCUGGCGGCCGUGGCGGUUCCUCCGCCGGCGGUGCAUACAGACGUGGUGGCUUCGGCAGCAGAACUUAGAGCUGAGCUAUUUCCUUUGACGAUGACCGACGUGGUGGAGAUGUAGCACUAGCAGUAGUGGUAGUGGGGAGUUGAUGUUUUGCAACGAUCUUCUGUCUUUUUUUUUUUCUUG